UUAGAGACCUGUCAUUGAUAGCUGUGGCUGGUUGCUGUGUUUCAAAAGCCUGUUGAUUCCUCUGCUAGAGGUGCAGUAUCCUCUAGCCCUUUCCUCAUCUCAGACCUACUUGGGUCUGCUUGCGAAAGGAUCUAUCAGAUCAAUAAACAUGAAUGACAAAAACUACAGCACCAUCAUCUACAACAGAGUCCAAACAGAGAGGGUGUACGAGAAUUCAGACCCAGAAGAAAACGGAGGUCCCCUCUACGAUGAAGUCCAUGAAGAUGUGAGGAGGGGAGACAACUUAUAUGUCAAUGAGCUGGAAAACCACAAAUAUGACUCUGUGGCCGUGUACACUGUUGGGCAUCAGGGGAGAACCUCGGCCUCUUUACAGCCAGAAACAGGAGAAUACGUCCUGCCUGAUGAAACAUGUUCUAAGGCUCAGGACCCCCACCCAGGGGAACCCACGGAGGAUAAGGACAUCUCCUUGGAAGAAUUGUUCUCACCAACCAAGGACCAGGAGUCUGACCCAGAGGAGCCCCAGGGGUCUGACCCAGAGGAGCCCCAGGGGUCCGACCCAGAGGAGCCCCAGGGGUCCGAUCCAGAGGAACCCCAGGAGAAUGGAAGUGAGAUGGAGGCAGACCUGCCUUCUCCUUCGAGCUUCACCAUCCAGAAUAGCAGAGCCUUCUCCACCCAUGAGACCUCCCCUACCAGCUAUUCUGCUGAUGAUGUUUCAGAAGGAAAUGAAUCGGCUUCCGCAAGCCCCGAGAUUAACCUCUUUGUGAAGGCUGGAAUCGAUGGGGAAAGCAUUGGCAACUGUCCCUUCUCUCAGCGCCUCUUUAUGAUCCUCUGGCUGAAAGGAGUUGUGUUCAAUGUCACCACGGUGGAUCUGAAAAGAAAGCCUGCUGACCUGCACAACCUCGCCCCUGGUACCCAUCCACCCUUCCUGACGUUCAACGGGGAUGUGAAGACAGACGUCAAUAAGAUCGAGGAGUUCCUGGAGGAGACUUUGACCCCUGAAAAGUACCCCAGGCUGGCUGCGAAACAUCGGGAAUCCAACACGGCAGGCAUCGACAUCUUCGCCAAGUUCUCCGCUUACAUCAAAAACACGAAGCAGCAGAGCAACGCUGCCCUUGAGCGAGGCCUGACCAAGGCUCUGAAGAAGCUGGAUGACUACCUGAACACCCCUCUGCCAGAGGAGAUCGAUGCCGACACUCGCGGGGAUGAUGAAAAGGGCUCCCGGCGCAAGUUCCUGGACGGGGAUGAGUUGACCCUGGCCGACUGCAACCUGUUGCCGAAGCUCCAUGUGGUCAAGAUUGUGGCCAAGAAGUACCGCAACUACGAUUUCCCGGCUGAGAUGACGGGUCUGUGGCGGUACCUCAAGAACGCCUAUGCCCGGGACGAGUUCACCAACACCUGCGCGGCCGACAGCGAGAUCGAGCUGGCCUACGCGGACGUGGCCAAGCGCCUCAGCCGAUCCUGAACUUGGCCGUCUCACCCCAUCGCUGCUGCAGAAGGACUCCUCCUCUCCCUGAGGACUCUGGCUUCACACACUCCUCUUCCAUGCCGCCUCUGGACACUUCUGUCUCCAUCAGGCCACAUCUCACUGGCAUCAUUGGAACCCCCCCUCCCCCCGCCUGCUGGCUUUGACCAAAGUCAGCGCCAGCCCCCUCUGGUCAGACAGGAAUCCUGCAAGCAGAAAUGAGAGAAACGGUCAAGCUGUCAGCCUUUCGGACCUGGACUGGGUUCCAUGUGUUUGGGGUCGGUGCCGGGGGGGAGCCCUGUCUGUGGGAUUGUCACUGGCCCCUUUUGCCAAUAUUGAAAUAUCUCUUCAGAUGCAUUAGAAACCUGCAACAUGCUGUCCUUGUCCACCCUCCUCUUUGUCAGUAACUCCAAGGCCAAACGCCGUCUUAGUUCUUAUUAGAAAGAGGUGCAGGGCUGUGUUAGGGGAGGCGAGAGUGGAUGGGGCAGACGUGAGUCUGGGCACCUGGCAGACACACCUCCAGUCACUCACCACUUUCUGGCACUGUAUCACUUCGGGCACUGAAGGCCAGAUUAGACAACUACUUCAGACAGCCUCAGUUUUCUGCAGGGCUGGGCGCAGUCUGAUGCUAUCACGUACUUGGCUUGAUGCUGAUCUCUAUUCUUAUCUGUCUAGGCCUUGCCAGGAAGGGAAAUUAGCAUGCCAUUCCAAACAGGGGUGACUGGGAAGGGGAGGGGAGGGGAGGAGUGUUGAUGCCAAAAGGCCCGUGGGGUCUACCAGCCAUGGGGUUUGCUUGCUUAUUUCAUUGGGGAUUACAUGCCUGGGUUUGACUAUGUUUAUCCAUGAUUGAAUUUUGGUCUCUGAGAAAGCAGAUGGGAGUGGGGGUGGGUGGGGGGAUGGAUGCACGAGGCUAAGAAGACCUUUGUAUGAGGCUCAGUGUUCCCUGGGAAUCUUUUAGAUAGAUCUUUUCUCUUAUGAUCUAAGUCUCGAACCAGUGAUAUCGUGUAGCUGCCAUCUUCAUAGCAAAAUACCAACAAUUGACCAAAAAUGACUCUCCAGCUUCUUCAAGUUGUUCCUGGAUGUGGGUCUGCUAGUCGGGUGCUCUCUGAUUCAGCUUCAGCCUCUGACAUGCAAGAGAUACAUUUAGGAGGUGGCUUGAUCGUGGAACCUUAGGAAGAAAGUCCAUGGGCCUUUCUGAUUGGGAAACCAUGUGGUUUAAACUCGAAGAAAAAAUACAUAGGCAUCUGGGUAACUUUUCCUACCAUCUGACUCAAAUGCCCAGUGAAAAAGAGGAAGCUGUUUUUUAGCUAAUAUUUCACUCUGUAGUCAUUCUCCUUGAGUUUCACCUCCUUAAAAGCUUACCCUGCCUGAACCCAGGGACCUGUGCAGAGGAAACGAAGAAAAAUGAGCUAGUCAUCAGGUCCCUCUUGCCAUGAAUGCCUUGGGAGAAAGCCCAUCUGCCGCAGACCCUCACUGUCAACAAUCCUUUCUUCUGUGUUGCCUGUUGAUGGAGGCCGAGGCUCCCAAGUGCCCGAAAGUCCCAGGACUUGGCUCGCUGCUCAGUGAUGGCAGGACAGCACGGGGCCUUCCUGUAGAAACAUCACGAGGUUCUAACCCAAGUAACAUCUGGACCUACCUGCCUCCAGGGAUCUCUGGAGAGAAAGGGGAUCCAAUGAUCAGAGCAGAGGGGAAGAAGCAGGGGGUCUCCUUUAGCCCAGGGAGGAAGAUGCCAUUUCUCAGUGGGGCAUCCUAUAAGCCCGAGACCUUUCAUUCAGAAGCAGAGAGAAUUGAUUCAUUUCCUCCUCUAAGGGAACCUUUGCAGGACUCCCUGAUAACUUUGUCCCUGGAGAUGUUUGAAAAGGCGAACUGAUGAGGAAACAGUCCUUCUGACAAUAGGGGAAAGCCCCACGCUGGUCUCAUGGGAGAUGAAAGCUUAAAUGAUCCCAAAGGCCUGUUCAUUAGUGUGAAAUCCUGUUGUCCUCAGAGAUCCUUCCCUGAACAUCACAGCAUAAGAACGAUGAUCUAAGAGGCAGUUGACUUUCCCGAGACCCAGAAAGGUGCUGUUCUUGAGGUAUGCCUGAGAAGCACAGCCAGUGAGCGACAGUGUAAAUGGCAGGAUGCCCAGGCAGAGAAGCUCCCCCAGGCAGAGUAGCACCCGAGGCAGAGUACCUCCCACUGAGGAGUUUUUGAACACUGAGGACACUGGAUAUUCAGAAUCCAGCAUUGGCAAGUCUUUAAACACAGCCUUUAAAAACAAACAAGCCAAACUAAAUCAAUAUUGUUGGUUCUAGCUGUUCCUUCUGUGGUUGACUUAGUUUUACAUCAGUAACCAUGUUAGGGCACAGGGGUGGGGUUGGAGCAGUUAUAUGACCCACCGUAACCAUUUAACAGAGGGAGAGGAGUUAUAGAUGGAUGACAUUUCCUGGUACUCAAUCCAGGAAUAUCUUUUCAUUGCCACAGUAGAUUAUCAUGUGAUGCAACCGACUAUUGAUUUAAAGCUUAAAUGUCUAUGACAGGUUUAUCAGAGUAUUUUUAAAUAACAUUGCCUGAGAUGAUUCUUUUCCAAAGAGAUUUUUCUCCAUAUCCUUCAGUCUCCCUGGGUUUUGGCCAUAACCUUGUCAUGUCAUCUCCCAACCACACUGUGUAAAGGUCCUCUGGUGUCCCCAGAAUCAACUCAGGGAGUAUUGAAGGUCUGCAGUUUGACCCUGAACUCCAGAGUGUUGAGAUGGGAAAUGGCCCUGUUAUUCGUCUGGCAUGCAUAUCAAUACCUCAAAAAGCAUCUCAGUGGCAGUAAGAGGGGAUUUACCUGGGUUGAGAUUCUAUUUUACUAUAGAUUUAUUUCUUUCCUUUGGUUUUCACAUCACUUUUUUUUUUUUUGGUGGGUUGGCAUAGUGUGAGGCAGAGGGAGAAAUAAGAAUCACAUUCAGAACAAUUGUGUUGAAUUUACCCAUCUUCUCAGUUCUGCCUGCCUCUCAGGUUGCCCUGAGAGGGUGUAUUGGAUAAGAUUUUAACAGCUAUAAAAGAUGAGCUGGAUCAGUAAAAUCCAGGCUGGUCCAGCACAUAGUUCCUUCUGUUGUGCACCUUUAUUACCUGACACUUCAGAAUCACCGGUAUGAGUUUGGCUGUCUUGUUUUGAACAAACAAUACAGUUACCUGGCACCAAGCUCAUGAGUUGAAAAGUGAAACCCACACUCCAUUGGUCUGUUUGACCACAGGUCUCAAACUAGUUUCGUCUUCCCAAGAAAUGACACUGUCUUCAGUGUUCACUUAUCUUGCUGGUGGGGCCAUGGAAAUGCUUGAUCUUUUCAUUAGAAAGAGGCCAUGCCAAGAAGGAGUUUUCCUGAGCUGAAUUUUCUAGCAUUUGUCAAAUGAAACAACGGAAAUGCUUCGUAACACCUGUACCCACUGGCUGCUCUGCAGAAAGACAAGACCAAGCAUCUUAGAAUUGUUGUACAAUGGAUCACAUCUGGAAUGGACCCUGAAGAUCUAAGAUCCUAGAAAUCAGCAAGGUUCGGACAAACAGAAUGAAAAAGGAGGCAGUGUCAGGAAGAUACAGGUCUACCUAGUAAGUUUUCCAUCAGGAGAAAACAGUGAGAGUUUGUGUCUGAAAUUAAGUUGGUCUAGGGGCAGGGGACAUCCAGUACAUAGGUCUUUGACUCCUAUUUCCAAGGGCCAGGAAGCCAGUUCAGCAGCAGAGGGAACCAAGAUGCUGGUGACUUCUCCUUGGAAUGAGCAGCAUUAACCCAUGAUUGAUUCCCAAGGGAUCACUUCCUUUUUUUAAUAAUAACAUUUAAAAGCCUCUGGAACAUUAGAAAAAGAAGUGUGAGUGGGAAGCAUCCUGGUUCUGAUGUGAGGCCCGAACUGUUCACAUCUUGGCUUUGGGACCCUCCUAGCACACACGGCCCAUUGGUUUCUACCCACAGCUCUUGGUGUGUAAUCCAAACAACACAUGCCCUCCUAUGAAUGCAUCAUCCUCUCCCUUUGUCAUUGUUCUCCUCCCAGCUUAGUUUCAGGAUCCUUUCAUUUUGUGAUUAGGUAUGAUCCAAAGUGUGCAUAGUCUUACUUAAUGUUACUUAAGGAAAUGGAUCCAACGUUCCCCUCCUCAACCAAAAAGAAAAUUAAAAUUGCCUCACUGUAGAGCUUGGGUUAAUCUAUUUCUAUAAAAGCAAUCUUUUUUUUUGGCAACAUAUAAUUUUAAGGAUACAGUCAUCUAUGGUAUUUAUGUAUAGACAUUUUGCAAUAUUGACUAUGCAUAUGCUUAAAAUAUAAAGUAUCUGACUGAUGUUUGAACUUGUCUUUCUUUCCUGACCACCUGGCUAUCCCAUUUUAUAAGCUGGAGAGUUAACUAAUUUAGCAAAGAAGCCUAGCUUUUAUAAAAGAUCAAACAUUUCACUUUAUAAAAACACUCCCAAUGAUGGUCACUUGAUUUUUCUCAAGACCUUUAACUGUGGUGAUAAAAUAACAGGACUUGCUUUCAAGCCUUAAUAAUGUAAAAUUCCUUUUUAAUGAAAACAUUACUGAGUGUUUUCCUCAUGAAUCUGAACCAGUUAUAAAUUUGUUUUCCGGUCUUGAUUGGUAUUGACUAAUUCAAAUAAAGUUGGUUUAUUUUCAAAUAGUA